UUACUCAGAAUCAAUUUGAUUGCAGAGGAAGGAAAAGAGCAAAACCAAAGUUUGCAAAUAUUAUGGAUUCGCAAGCGCAGUUGCAACGUCCUCAUGGUCAUCACCAAGCAGAGGAACCAAUUAGGAUUCACCAUCCUGAGGAAGAAGGGCAUCAUGAGAAAGGACCAUCAAAAGUUCUUAAAAAGGUGAAGGAAAAAGCAAAGAAUAUCAAGAAUGUUCUUACUAAACAUGGACAUCGUCAUGAGCACGAUCGUGUAGGAGAACACAUCCCCGACGAUCACGAUCUAGACCAAGAAGAAGAUGAAGAUGACUACCAAGACCAACAACUCCACGGGGGUGCACCAGCACGAGGAAAAGCUCACAUUCCGGUGAAGGAAGAGAUAGUCCCUCCAGGCACGAAAGCUUUUCCGGUUGUGUCUUCUUCACAUACGAAACACUCUGAUCCAACCAGAGGAGUUGGUCACGAAGCAGUGUCUCAUCCUGUACGACCCUCCGGUGUUCUGGAUAAAGAAGAAAGAAGAGGGGCUGCUACCUUGACACCACAUAACACCCCCGUGUCUUUGCUAUCUGCGACAGAAGAUGUCACGAGAACAUUUGUUCCUGGUGAAGACAAGUCUAGAGACCAACGUAAGGUUAAUAUGGAGAGACCCAGAGGUUUGGAGCAAGAUCCAGCUGCUCCGGGAUCUCAUGGUGGGAUGUCGAAUUAUCAGUCCAAAGUUACUGAUCCUACCGGAAAAGCUACUGGAGAAAUUGGAGCAGCAACGACUGUCUCAGCUCUUGGAAGGUUAGGUUUGGGAACUGAUCUGCAGAAGAAAAGCCAUGGCCUUGAUACGAAAUCGGCUGCUCCAGGGUCUCAUGGUGGAAUGUCGACUUAUCAGUCCAAAGUUACUGAUCCCACCGGUAAAGCUGCUGGAGAACAACCGAGUGUCGCAGCUUUUGGGAGGAGGAAAGAAACAGGUGAACAUGAUCAAUUGGGACUGGGAAGAGAUCUGCAGGAGAAAAGUCAUGGUUUUGAUACUAAAUCAAGACCUGAAAUAGGCAAGCAAUUGCCGGCGGGAGACGUUGGAUCUAGAUUGAGGAAAGAAUCUCCGGAGAAGAGUCAUGAAUUUGAUUUGGGAAAAGAUUUGCCAACGAGAACUCAAGGUAUACAAAAGCCUGAGGGUUUUGAUUCGAAAGGUCAGGAGAUGCAGCAGCCGAAUCAGAGCAGCUACACCGAUAAGAUCGCAUUAGCGACUUCAGUCGUAGCUGACAAAGCUGUGGCAGCGAAAAACGCCGUCGCUUCGAAGCUCGGUUACUCCGGGGAAGCCGGCCACGAGAAUCGUGUAGAAGGAGCAGAAACUCCUAGCUCCGCUGGUGGAUACGGGAGUACGGUCGCAGGCAUGGUGACUCCAGUUUACGAGAAGGUUAAAGAGACAGGAGCAAGUGUAAUGACGAAAUUACCAUUCUCCGGAACCGGGACAGAGCAAGGACAAGACAAGGGCGCCUCUGCUAAAGAAUAUCUUACGGAGAAACUGAGUCCGGGAGAGGAAGACAAGGCUUUGUCAGAAGUGGUCGCUGAGAAGAUUCAUCUUGGAGGAGGCGGUGGCGAGCCGAAGAAGGGGAUAGUGACACAAUCGGAGGAGGUGGAGAAAAGGCUAGGAGGAUUUAAGGAUCCUAGCUCCGAAGCAGCUACGAAACAGGGUGAAGCGUAUGCGGAGGAAGGCGAAGGAGGGAUGGCGGAGAAGCUGAGAGGAGCUGUUACUUCUUGGCUUGCUGGUACGACGGAAGAAGUAACGAAAAAGUCUACAGAGUCUGUUCAAGACUCUACACAGUCACUUGGCUCCACCGUUGGGAAUAAAAUGGGAAUUUCUGGUUCGGGAGGAGAUGAAGCAGGCAAUGGUGGUUCUGUGCCUUUGCAGAGGAGAUUUCAAGAAUCUGGAAAGUGAGCUUUGCUUCUCCUUUUUUCAUGUAUGUCAAUUUGUUUUGUGGUUUGAUCCGUGGCUUGUUUUGAUGUAUCUAUCUACUACUACUAGUGCCAUGUAAAAGUAUGAAUAAGUUUUCAUACAGAAAAAAAGUAUGAAUGAGUAAAAGUUAAAUUAGUAA